AUGAAACUCUCGUACUUGAUACCGUUCCUUGUGCUAGUUGGUGCUUUCCCGUCAAAUCCAUUAAGAACAUUAGAAAUUGACCAAGGUUCAUAUAUCCAUGUUAAGGAAUCAGAGAAGUUAUCAUUAUUAAGAAGGGGUAUUAGGUUUAUAGAUGUAACUUCAUUUCCAUUAAUUGGCAAGGGAAGUAAGCCAAAGGAUGUGGCUAUUUACAGUUAUCCAGAACAUACUUCACAGUCUGAAUUGAUGGAUUCCAUAGUGAAUCAUAUUGACAAGAAAUCUAUGUAUAACGAUUUGGCGCAUUUUACAAGUUUCUACACUCGUUACUACAAGUCUGAAUCUGGGUACCAAUCAGCCCUUUGGUUAGCUGAUAGAAUUUACAAUGUGACUUACGGUUUACCAUCAGAACUUGUAUCUGUAGAAAAGUUUGAGCAUGAUGGUUGGGAUCAGUUCUCAAUAAUCGUUAGCAUACGGGGGCGAGAGACACCAGAAGAUAUAGUAAUUCUUGGUAGCCAUCAGGAUUCAAUGAAUUUAAUUCUACCUUCUCUGUUGUCUGCACCGGGAGCAGAUGAUGAUGGUUCUGGUACUGUAACCAAUUUAGAGACGUUAAGACUAUAUGUGGAGUUGUUAUCACAGGGCUACAGACCAAAAAAUACAAUUGAAUUUCAUUUCUAUUCUGCAGAAGAAGGUGGGAUGCUGGGAUCUCUUGAUCUGUUUACUGCGUACGUUGAGAAGCAGAAAAAGGUUACCGCCAUGUUGCAACAAGACAUGACAGGUUACGUACAAGAUCCUAAUGAUGAACAUGUUGGCAUAAUAACUGACCAUACUACACCACAGUUGACUGAUUUUAUCAAGCUGAUAAUCGAUUCAUAUCUAAGAAUCCCGUUCAAGGAAAGCGAAUGCGGAUAUGCAUGCAGUGAUCAUAGUAGUGCUACAAAGAAUGGAUACCCAGCUGCAUUCGUCAUUGAAUCUCAGAUGAGUAGUAACAAUCGCUACGUGCAUACUACUAUGGAUACCAUUGAUCGUUUGAGUUUAGACCAUAUGGCAGAGCACGCAAAAAUUGGGUUAGGAUACAUCCUUGAACUGGGCAAUUGGAAUUUUGAAAUUAAAAAAUAG